UUGUCAAAUGGAAUGUCUAUGAAAUAUUGUGUUGUGUCGUUCUUAACAUACAAUCGCUUUAAACAGCGAAAAAAAAAACAAUCAAAUUAAAGAAGCCAUUCGAUAAUUGCAAUUUUCAUAUUUAAUCCGUCGAAAAAUCAUCGUUUGUGAUUUUAUUUUUUAUUGGACUUAGCUGUGAAUUUCAAUGAAAUAAUUCAUAAACUGUCAGACCAUCUGUCAAUUGAUUGUUUACACGUCAUUUUAAUUUUCGUGUUUUUGAUUCUCUCUUUCCGAGACCUUUUCCAACAGAUUAAACAUGAGUGCUCUAUUCAAUUUCCAAAGUUUGCUGUCGGUGAUUCUGUUGCUGAUUUGUACAUGCACAUACUUACGAUCAUUCUUUCCGUCUAUCAUCGACCGCAACAAGACGGGUGCGAUGGGAACAUUUUGGAAAUUGGCUCGAAUCGGUGAACGAAAAUCUCCGUACGUGGCGGUGUGUUGCAUUAUGAUGGCUGCAUCAAUACUCUUUUGGUCUUGAGAAUAGCAUUAAGCAAUUAACUCUGUUUCUAUCACACAUAUUCGGUUUUCUUCUUCCAAAUAAAUUCACUAAGAUUUUAAGUAAACGAAUUUUUAUAAGAAAAUUGGUGAUUUGUUGAUACAAUUAAAUGUCUACCUCUCUGUCAGAGAUAUGUAUUUUUUUAAUUGGACAAAUUGAGAAAAUAAAGUCAAAGUAAAAAAAACCAAAA